AUGUAUGUAUCACGUGAUGCCCAUUACUCAGUCGAAAAUGAGGGAUGCCGCGUGUUACCGAUGUCCCAGAUCGCCGUCAAUGGAUGCGAUGCCCAACGAAGACCACUGUACCGACCUAGGAGCAUAAGCCUCUUCGAUGCUACGGAAGACCGCCAACCCCUGCUAAAACUUCAAAAAACCAACGAUUUAGAUGAAGGAGACAAUGCUUCAGAAGAUUUUUCAAUAUCGGGCAAUAAGCUGCUUAUGGUACCAGCUGUCACGUUGCCAAAAAUAUCCAGAUUAAGCCUUAGAGUCAGAAAACUAAACACAUCCUUAUUAGAAGCUGUAAAACAUCGUGAUGUACAGGAAAUUGAAAGACUGGUGCAGGCCGGAGCUAACCCUAACGCCACGUGUGGUAUCGACUGUGUUUCCGCCUGCCACCUAGCAGCAUUGAGAACUGAUGGAGCCCUGGAAAUUCUCCUCAAUGCGGGAGCAAGUAGAAAAAGGGCUGAUAGACUUGGUCGGACUCCAUUGCACUUGGCUGCUUGGGCAGGAAAUGUUAAACAAGUUGCGAUUUUGCUUGGCUUCUCUAAAGAGUUACAAGAUAGACUAGAUACUGGCGAAAUCAUAGAUGCCAAUGAGAAUGAAGUAAAAAAUUUGACUUCGGAUAUAAAAGAAUUCAUCAACGUUAAAUGCGACUUCUGCACCAACUCCGCAUUACCAACAUACUGGAGGGAUAACGCUAAGGAAAGUCAUAACAAAAGUCUUGAACGAAAUCUGCCAACAUUUCAACUAGGCUGGUCGGCAUUACACGCGGCGAGUGCACGCGCACAAUAUCACAGUGCACGUCUCCUUUUAGUAGCAGGUGCAGAUGUCAGUGCACGUGAUCUUGUUGGCAAAACCCCUCUGGAUGUCGCUGGAUCUGCGUUCUAUACCGAUCAAGUGAUUGAUCCUCAGAAAUUUGGUGAAUUAGUGACACUGCUUGUUGGUGCCAAUAGUCAAAAUUUAACAUUCAAGAACAAGAAAAUAGUUGACACUCCACUUCACACAGCUGUUGAAGUGGGAAGCUUGGAAGCAGUGUCAGUUCUCGUUGGUGCCAAGAUGCCAGUGAACUGGCUUAAUCGAGCAGGAAUGACACCAUUGCACAUAUGUGUGAAGAAAAAACUAAAAGAGCAUUUACAGAUAUUAGCAAAUCACGGAUACAGUGAUGGAGAUAGUCCAGUAGCAGUAGAUGUCACUGAUAAAGACGGGCAUACUGUACUCUAUAAAGCCAUCUUGCAAGGUUGGGCGCCAGGUGUAAGCAUCGCAAUAGAAGCUGGAUCCAGCGUCACAGCACGAGAUAACAAUUAUGAUACACCGCUACAUUUUGCAGCAAUGUUUGGCAAUGUGGAAAUACUAAAUGAAAUAUUAAAUGUAGCCAAACAUUACGACGUAAUAGAUGCAACUAAUAAGCGAAGAGAAACAGCUUUAUUUAAAGCUGUUAUUAAUGGUCAUUUAAAAUGUGUAAAAAAACUACUUGAAGAAGGAGCUUCGAUAACUAAAACUUUACCGAGACAAGUCAACGUCUUUCAUAUAGCUGCAGAGAAAGGUUACGUAGAUGUCCUCACAGUGUUACUGGAUCACGACUAUACUAUAACUAGGAGAAUGAUUAAUUACCUGACAGCUGAUGAUAAAAAAGGAUACGGUCCUAUACAUUUCGCUGUAGAAAACAACCACCCAGCAUGUGUCAAGAUACUGUUAUCUAGAAACACGUAUAGAAGUUUGAGAUCUUCUUACGGAUUACAAAAAGGUUCCACGCCUUUGCACAUCGCCGCUAUUCACAACAACGUUGAAAUAGCAAAAAUUAUAAUGAAAAAUAACGAAGAUACUGUCCACAUCGUCAACGAUAUGGGUUGGACUCCACUGCACACAGCUAGUCAUUAUGGAAGUAGGGAUAUGAUUACGCUACUUCUCAAAGAAGGUGCUGAUUUAUCUAAAGCUACACGUGGGCCUAAUAAAUGUAGGACCACAGCUAUCGAUAUGAUUAUGAACAAUUUGUCAAAACCAACUGAAUUUAUGGAAAACAUAUUUGAUACCUACAUAUCUACGAACGAUUUAAAUCUCCAUGAUCCAGACUGUGAAGUUACUGUGAAUUAUAAAAUCCUGGUACCUAAUGAAGAUGAAAACAUACAAAUGAAUGUCAUAGAUGCGCUUCUGAACACUGGCGAUAGGUAUGGUCAAAGGCGUCUAUUGGUGCAUCCCUUAUUAGAAAGUUUUUUAUUCUUGAAAUGGAAAACUCUCCUACCGUUUUUCUAUACAAUGCUAGCGUUCUAUGCUUUCUUUGUUGUAUCUUUGACCACUUACAUUAUAUCGGAAUAUUUUUAUAAAGACACAAACAAUACAGUACCGCUGCUUUUAAAUACUACCGCUUGGGCUGUUAUUAUGUACAUCACUAUUGUUAUCGUCAUGUUACAAGAAGUCCUUUACAUGAACGUGAAUAACGGAUACUUCCUACAAUUAGAGACUUGGAUAAAGUUCAGCUCGAUAUGCCUUGCUGCGAUCCUGCCAUAUGUCACACAAAUUAAAACUGAUAAAGAAUUGGAGUGGCCAAGACAUGUGGCCACCGUGGCUCUACUACUUUCCUGGCUGGAAAUGAUGUUUCUACUGUCCCGAUUUCCAAACUGGGGAUAUUAUGUACUGAUGUUUGGGAAGGUCUCUACAAAUGUUUUAAAGAUUCUUCUAACAUUCGCGUUCCUGGUGAUUGGUUUCGCCCUAAGUUUUAUGAUACAAUUUCAUUCCCAAAUACCAUUCGAGUCACCUUGGGCUGCCCUCGUCAAAACUAUAGUGAUGAUGACAUCCGAGUUCGACUAUGGAGACCUUGUCAAAGAAGACGAUAGCAAAAACUUCGCCACAUCAUUGCUUGUUAUCCGCGUCAUUUUCUUAACAUUUCUGAUAUUAGCAGCCAUAGUACUUAUGAACUUGAUGGUAGGUGUUGCUGUCAAUGAUCUUCACAAUUUACGAGUACUUGGCAAUGUAAGAAGACUUGGCAAACAAGUAGAAUUCUUAGGAUCUUUGGAACACUUAGUCUAUAAUAGAAUCUUAAAGAAAAUCUUACCAACAUGGCUUGAAGAUAUGUUGAAAAGAAAGAAAAAGAUUUUUUCUACAUUUGUUCUUAGCCCUAGUGUACCUAAAUCUAAAUGCUAUAAAUCUCUACCGUCCCGCAUUAGAGAGGCUAUCUUCGAAAAAGCUCAGUUAAGAAAAAAACAAAUGGAUGACGAGCUAGGUUCACAGAACUAUAAAAAGAAAUUAGACGAAAUAUACAGGGCUACAGUUAAAUUCAAAAAAGAUAAUAAUGUGCCAAAAAAUACAAAGACUGAUAGAAAUAUAACCAAUAAAAAUAUUAAGGAUGCCGCGGGACACUUGGCGAAACUUGACGCUGCAAUUAUUGAAAUAAAGAAUCAAACGAAGUUAGAAAUAAAUGAAAUCAAAUCUUCUAUUGAUACCCUGAACAAUAAAAUUGAUAUGAUUUUGCACAAAUUGUCAAAAUGA